CAAAGACGUUUGUUGUUAGACAAUGUGUGAACUGUGAAAAUGGAGCCGUUUAGAAGGCUAGUGAACUGUUUUGUGUUUCUAUCUGCAGUAUGGGAUGUCGCUCAUUUGCUGGACGGUGGAAUGCUCUUCCCCCGAGAGUCGUCGUCGCGGGAGAUCAAAGAGCUGAAUGGGCUGUGGGACUUCAGAGCCGACGUCUCCCACGACAGGAACUUGGGCUUUCAACAGGCAUGGUAUAAAAGUCGCCUUGCAGAGACCGGUCCAGUGAUUGACAUGCCAGUGCCUGCCAGCUACAACGACAUCACCCAGGAUCCACAGCUGAGGGAUUUCAUUGGCUGGGUGUGGUAUGAGAGAGAGGUGUUGGUACCCUCACGAUGGGUGUCUGAUGAGGGAACCAGAGUCGUGCUGAGGGUUGGGAGUGCACACUACUACUCAGUGGUCUGGGUGAAUGGAAUCAAAAUGACAGAGCACGAGGGUGGCCAUCUUCCCUUCGAGGCUGAGAUCGGCGAUGUCCUCCGUAAGGACCCAGGUGUGGCCUGCAGGAUCACCAUAGCUGUCAACAACACCCUGACUCUCCAUACUCUGCCCCCAGGGACCAUUCAACAUAUUGAUGACCCCACCAGGUAUCCUGCUAACUAUGUUGUACAAAACACAAACUUUGACUUCUUCAACUAUGCUGGUUUGCAUCGUCCUGUUCUACUGUAUACCACUCCUAAGGCCUAUGUUGAUGACAUCACAGUGCUGACAUCCUUUGCUGACAACAUUGGGCUCAUCAGUUACCAGGUGUCAGUGCUGGGCAGUCUCAACUCCACGCUGAAGGUGACCCUGUCUGACAAAGAUGGCCACUCUGUGGCCUCCUCCACUGGACCAUCUGGGGUCCUCAAAGUCAUGGACGUCAGCCUGUGGUGGCCGUAUCUAAUGCAUGAGAGCCCAGGAUAUCUGUAUUCUAUGGAGGUUCACAUGACGACAGCUAGCGAGGGUUCUGUCUGUGAGGAUGUUUAUGCUCUGCCUGUGGGAAUCCGCACUGUCCAGGUCACCAACACACAGUUUCUCAUCAACAGCAAACCCUUCUAUUUCCAUGGAGUCAACAAACAUGAGGAUGCUGAUAUCAGAGGGAAGGGCCUGGACUGGCCCCUGAUUGUGAAGGAUUUUAACCUGUUGAAGUGGCUAGGGGCCAACUCGUUCAGGACCAGUCACUACCCGUACGCUGAGGAGAUCCUGCAGAUGGCAGACCGCCAUGGCAUUGUGGUCAUUGACGAGUGUCCCGGGGUGGGCAUCGCAGACAUCCGUAGUUUUGGGAAUGCCUCACUGUCUCAUCACCUGGUGGUCAUGGACGAACUGGUGAGAAGGGACAAGAAUCACGCCUCCGUGGUCAUGUGGUCUGUAGCCAAUGAGCCGGCCGCUGAGAUGCCCCCUGCUGGAUUCUAUUUCAAGACACUGAUAGCUCAUACCAAAUCUCUGGAUGUCACUCGACCGGUCACGUUUAUCACCGCCAGUAACUUUGCCAGGGACAAGGGGGCUCCCUAUGUGGAUGUGAUAUGUGUGAACAGUUACUUCUCCUGGUACAGUGACCCAGGUCACCCAGAGGUCAUCCCCUACCAGCUCAACACCCAGUUUGAGAACUGGUACAGGAAGUACCAGAAACCCAUCAUCCAGAGUGAAUACGGAGCUGAUGUGGUUCCGGGAAUGCACACGGAUCCUCCCAUGAUGUUCACUGAGGAAUACCAGAAAAUAGUGUUAAAAAACUACCAUGAUGUGUUCGACCAGAAGAGGAGGGAGUAUGUCAUUGGAGAGCUCAUCUGGAACUUUGCUGACUUCAUGACGGCACAAACGGUGGCCCGUGUGGUGGGAAACAAGAAGGGAAUCUUCAGCCGGCAGAGGCAGCCCAAAGCUGGGGCCUUCCUCCUGAGGGAGAGGUACUGGAGGCUGGCCAAUGAGACGGGCCUGCUGCCCACCUGGUCCAGGUACCCCUGCUACCUGGCUACAUAUCCCUGACACACCUGGGUCGUAUUCAUUAGCGCAGAACCCUGCACAUUAUAACAAAACAUUUCUAAAUGCUUUGCAACCCGAAAACAAAAACAAUCAUUUCUUAUUUCAUGAGUCCAGAUAGUCCUCUGUUUUGUUCCGUUUUGUGUCUUAAUACCAACCUGUAUGGCGCAGACUGCGUGACGACUAGAACGCUAUGAAGACACACAAUUACCAGAAACAACGGGAUCAAUGGCUGCGUUUACACAAGCACCUCAAUUCUGAUAUUUGUUUCACUAAUUGGUCAAAUGACCAGAUCUGAUUUAGUGGAAGAAUGAUCAGAAUUGGUGUGCCUGUGUAAACGCACCUAUUCCUGUGCGACCCUCUGCUCAGACGUUGCUGACGCCUGGCAGAUCUUACAACGCCUGGGGUAGCUAUUUUACCUAUCCGCUAACCACGUAUGUUAUAGCAAUGUCAGUCAAUGGGUGGAUUUGAUUAUGCGGAGCUGCAGGACAACGGUCUAUGGCGUGUGACGUGAACGAUCAAAAGCAGUAAGAAGGAGUGUCCUUCUCAAAUCAAACAGUCAUCUGCGCUGUUCGGUCAUGUUAAGUUUUCAUUCGGAAGGCAGAUAGUUGUUUUUAUCAAAAGCAAUCACUUUUGCAUGUGAAAACACAGAAAUUCCUACUCAUUACUCCCAUGUCUUUAACCUGUUCCAAAACAAAUGCAAUCAACUAUCACCUUGUGCAAAACACGCCUACCCGGGCCAGAUUAAUCAAAUGCCCUCAUUUGAGACAGUCGAUGACUUGGUACACAACCAUUGGUUACCACUUCUGUCUUGCCUCUUUUUUCUAAUUCAGGGGAUCAACCAGUUAUAUACAUGAAUGUGAAUCAUGAUGCUGUUCAGUGUAAAUAAAUGGGAAUGUGAUGUA